GGAGCUUUCCCAAAAGCUCGCCAGUCCGACGCGAUCCACAUGCAAAGCAACACAAACUAUCUGCAACAAAGAAUAAUUAAGCUCAUCAUCAUCACCUUCCUACGUCUGCAGCUAAAGACCAAACCUCUGAAAAGAUGGUGAUAACGAGGAACGGCUGUGUAGUGCACCCUUGCAUCAAAGAGGUAAUAUACGUUGCAAUGCCUUCGGUAACGCACACAAGCAGAUCAAUGUCAAGGCGAAUCGCAGAACUUCCAUCGCUGCGUUACGGCUCCGUUGGGGCCAGAACCACCACGUCUGGGCCCUUAAGGGUCACCAACCAUUAUCACUGCGAUACGAUACCCAAAGUUUCCACGAAGAAGAGUAACCUACAAUCUCUGAAUCCUGACGAUAUCAGCUUCAAACCUCUAAGACCGGCACGUCGGGUGAGAUUCACUCUGCCCCCAGGAGAUGGAGAUACGGUGGCGGCGGCGGCGACCGGCGUGAGCGUCGCGAAACCGACGGCGGGACCGGAGAACGGAUGGCUUCGAACACGCGGUUUCAGUCAGCGUUCAGUCGCGCAACGCACGCUCAGCAACAACAACAAUAACAAUAAUAACAUCAGCAACAUUAGCACCUGCACCAACAAUAAUAAUAACAACAACCAAAACAGCGGCACAAAUUUCCAUAGGACUUACGCAGAAAUCAGACGCGACCUGCAGCAACAGUCUUCGGUGGUGGUUUCGGUGACUGCAUCACCAGGUGCCCGCUCCAGAGUUCAUCCUACGGGACGGUAUAUUCGAGGCACGCUGUCUCCUACGGCGAACACGACGGCCCCGACGGCACCGCCAACCACCCCAGGUGGACAGGUGCUCAUCCGGGCAGCCAGAGAUGGAGAGGACAGUCUUCUGAGGGACAUCUUCAGAAGGGCCGUCAUCGUCGGCAUUCCGGAAGCGGAUUUGAAUGCCACCGAUACAAGCGGAAGGACCGUACUGAGUUACGUAGCAUCUAAUGGUCCAGUAGAUGUUCUGGAGCAGAUCCUGCUAUUGUCGGGGUUGGAUCCGAACCGUCCGGACAAUGAGGGAAACACACCGUUGCAUUUUGCGGCUCAAGCAGGGCAAGUGGAGUGCUUGAAUUGCAUUCUGACACGGUGCAGGGGAAUCGAGAUCGACGCCAGGAACAAUUUGGGAUUUACUCCCCUGAUGAAGGCCGCCCUUCAGGGCAGAAACAAGUGUGCCAAACUUCUACUAUUCGCAGGAUCGAAUCCCACGUUGAGGGACAAUGGACGGGGAUUGCGUGCAGAUCAAUGGGCUCGUUUUUGCGGUAGAUACGUGUGUGCAGAUGUCAUAGAGAAGCAUGCCAGGCAGCGGCUCCUGGAAAGGUCCACUUCCUACGGGAACUGGGGCGGAGAGAACGACGUCGGUGCACGGAUGAUCAUGGGGAAAGUCGUCCCGGUACCCCAAAUCGCAUCCACUCAACAAUCGAAUGGUUUAAAAUCAAAGCUGCGGAAGGUCUUUAGAACGUCUUCAGGUCCUGGCCACAACAAUGAUAACAUAUCCAGUGCACGCCUGGUCACCCAGCUUACAUCAGCCGCGUUGUGCGCAAGCACCCCUGUAUUGCCCACAGCUCCGACUGUCCCGCCAGUUGUCAAAUCUUUGAUCAGACCAUUGACUGUACCACGCUUACAAAUAACACUCGUCAGCAACGGUGAAGGAACAAAUCUUACCAAUGGCCACUCCAAAUCCCAGACGAAUGUGAACGAAACCGACAAGCCGCCGGUCAUCAAACCAGCAAGGACCAAGAAAAAGAAAUAACAAUUGAACGCAUACGCCGUUGGUGAGGUAGAUGCGGAUGCUAAGGAAGAGGAGAGCGCUGUUAACGCGGAGAUAUUAUAGACUGGAAUUUUAUUUAACAAUAAUGAGAAUGACACCAGUAUUCAGAUUAGUUAAGAAAGGAAUUAGAUACAUUCGUCAUUUCAUCGUAUAUUAUAUCUAUAGUAAUAGCAAUGUAACCAAAAAGUUAAAAAAAAAACAUAUUUUAUAGUCAAAUUCAGAUUAUCCAUAUCUCGUCGUCGUUGUCAUAUAUUGUCGAAUAGCGAGGAAAUUGAGCUACAUCUUUUUCCUCAAUUUCUUUUGUAACAUAUAUAUUUAUAUAUAUAUUUACAUACACUAAGUGUAUAUUUUAACUAU